AUUGUAUCCUAUCAGGCUAGGAGAGGGUGAUGUCACCUGCGAGUUGGUAACCUACGAGCAGCUGUGAAGGAAACUAUUUAACCGGAUCCCAUUGUACCCGGAGCGCGGAGCCGCCUUUCCAGCAUGCGGGGGCUGCUCAGGUAAGGGGGCGCGCCGCCUGGCUCGACGCACUCAUUCAUUGAGUGGUACCGCGCGGUGGCGCGGGGGUGGGCGCGCUUCUUCGGCCCGGGCGCUGGGUUCCCGGCGCGCCCUCUCGCUGCCUGCCCAGAGCUCCCGGGCCAGUAGAGUUUAGUCACUCCAAGAGAUAGAACAGAAUUCAGCCAUGGCCCCAAGGAAGAGAGGUGGACGGGGGAUUUCAUUCCUCUUUUGCUGUUUCCGAAAGAAUGAUCACCCAGAAAUCACAUAUCGGCUGCGAAACGAUAGCAACUUUGCGCUUCAGACCAUGGAGCCAGCGCUGCCCAUGCCCCCUGUGGAGGAGCUGGACGUCAUGUUCAGUGAGCUGGUGGAUGAACUUGACCUCACAGACAAACACAGGGAAGCCAUGUUUGCACUUCCAGCUGAGAAAAAGUGGCAAAUAUACUGUAGCAAGAAAAAGGACCAGGAAGAAAACAAGGGAGCAACAAGUUGGCCAGAAUUCUACAUCGAUCAGCUCAAUUCCAUGGCUGCUAGAAAAUCUCUGCUGGCUUUAGAGAAAGAAGAGGAAGAAGAGAGAAGUAAAACUAUAGAGAGUUUGAAGACGGCACUGAGGACAAAACCGAUGAGGUUUGUAAACAGAUUCAUCGAGUUGGAUGGCCUGUCAUGUAUUCUCAACUUUCUAAAGACCAUGGACUACGAGACCGCAGAGUCUCGAAUACAUACCUCUCUCAUUGGAUGUAUAAAGGCGCUAAUGAACAACUCUCAAGGUCGGGCUCACGUCCUGGCUCAUUCUGAGAGCAUUAAUGUAAUUGCUCAGAGUCUGAGCACAGAGAACGUUAAAACAAAGGUGGCCGUGCUGGAAAUCUUGGGCGCCGUGUGCCUGGUUCCUGGGGGCCACAGGAAGGGUCUGCAGGCCAUGCUGCACUACCAGAAGUAUGCCAGCGAAAGAACUCGCUUUCAGACACUAAUCAAUGACUUGGAUAGAAGCACAGGGCGGUAUCGAGAUGAAGUGAGUCUCAAGACAGCCAUCAUGUCCUUCAUUAACGCAGUGCUCAGCCAAGGCGCGGGAGAGGAAAGUUUGGACUUUAGACUUCAUCUUCGCUAUGAAUUUCUGAUGUUAGGAAUUCAACCUGUAAUAGAUAAAUUAAGGGAACAUGAAAAUUCAACCCUAGAUAGGCACUUAGAUUUUUUUGAAAUGCUCCGAAAUGAAGAUGAAUUAGAAUUUGCCAAAAGAUUUGAACUGGUUCAUAUAGACACAAAAAGUGCAACGCAGAUGUUUGAGCUGACCAGGAAGAGGCUGACCCAUAGUGAAGCUUACCCUCACUUCAUGUCCAUCCUGCACCACUGCCUCCAAAUGCCUUACAAGAGAAAUGGCAACAGUGUUCAGUACUGGCUACUCCUGGAUAGAAUUAUACAGCAAAUAGUUAUCCAGAAUGACAAAGGACAGGACCCUGACUCCACACCUUUGGAAAACUUUAAUAUUAAGAAUGUCGUACGAAUGUUGGUUAAUGAAAAUGAAGUUAAGCAGUGGAAAGAACAAGCAGAAAAAAUGAGGAAAGAGCACAAUGAGUUACAGCAGAAAUUGGAAAAGAAAGAGCGAGAAUGUGAUGCCAAGACCCAAGAGAAGGAAGAGAUGAUGCAGACCUUAAAUAAAAUGAAAGAGAAACUUGAAAAAGAGACUACUGAGCACAAGCAAGUCAAGCAGCAGGUGGCGGAUCUCACAGCGCAGCUCCACGAACUCAGCAGGAGGGCUGUCUGUGCUUCCAUCCCAGGUGGACCCUCGCCUGGAGCCCCAGGGGGUCCCUUUCCUUCCUCUGUGCCGGGGUCUCUCCCUCUUCCCCCACCGCCCCCAGCACUACCAGGUGGACUGCUUCCUCCUCCACCCCCUCCCCUCCCUCCUGGUGGCCCGCCUCCUCCCCCAGGGCCUCCUCCCUUAGGGGGAAUCAUGCCACCUCCUGGCGCUCCACUGGGUCUCACACUUAAGAAGAAAAACAUUCCUCAGCCCACAAAUGCCCUGAAAUCCUUCAACUGGUCUAAGCUGCCUGAGAACAAACUGGAAGGAACAGUAUGGACUGAAAUUGAUGAUACAAAAGUCUUCAAAAUUCUAGAUCUUGAAGACCUGGAAAGAACGUUCUCAGCGUAUCAAAGACAGCAGAAAGAAGCAGAUGCCAUCGAUGACACACUGAGUUCCAAACUAAAGGUCAAAGAGCUUUCGGUGAUUGAUGGUCGGAGAGCUCAGAACUGCAACAUCCUUCUCUCGAGGUUGAAAUUAUCCAAUGAUGAAAUCAAACGGGCAAUUCUAACAAUGGAUGAGCAGGAAGAUCUGCCCAAGGACAUGUUGGAACAGCUCUUGAAAUUUGUUCCUGAAAAGAGUGACAUUGACCUGUUGGAGGAACAUAAGCAUGAGCUGGAUCGGAUGGCCAAGGCUGAUAGGUUCCUUUUUGAGAUGAGCCGAAUUAAUCAUUAUCAGCAAAGAUUGCAAUCGCUGUACUUCAAAAAGAAGUUUGCAGAGCGUGUGGCAGAAGUGAAACCGAAAGUAGAAGCGAUUCGUUCUGGCUCAGAAGAGGUGUUCAGGAGCGGUGCCCUGAAGCAGUUGCUAGAGGUGGUUUUGGCUUUCGGAAAUUACAUGAAUAAAGGCCAAAGAGGCAAUGCAUAUGGAUUCAAGAUAUCCAGCCUGAACAAGAUCGCUGACACGAAAUCCAGUAUUGAUAAGAACAUUACACUUUUGCACUAUCUCAUAACUAUCGUGGAAAAUAAAUAUCCCAAGGUUCUCAAUCUAAAUGAAGAACUGCAGGACAUUCCUCAAGCAGCAAAAGUAAACAUGACUGAGCUGGACAAGGAGAUCAAUACCUUGAGAAGUGGCCUGAAAGCAGUAGAGAUGGAGCUGGAGUAUCAGAAGUCUCAGCCUCUGCAGCCUGGAGAUAAGUUUGUGUCCGUUGUCAGCCAGUUCGUCACAGUAGCCAGCUUCAGCUUCUCGGAUGUUGAAGACCUUCUAGCAGAAGCUAAAGACCUGUUUACUAAAGCAGUGAAACACUUCGGAGAAGAGGCUGGCAAAAUACAGCCAGAUGAGUUCUUUGGCAUUUUUGAUCAGUUUCUUCAAGCUGUGUCAGAAGCCAAACAAGAGAAUGAAAACAUGAGAAAGAAGAAGGAGGAGGAGGAGCGCCGAGCUCGCAUGGAAGCCCAGCUCAAAGAACAACGUGAUAGGGAACGUAAAAUGAGGAAAGCAAAAGAGAAUAGUGAAGAAGGCGGCGAGUUCGAUGACCUGGUUUCAGCUUUACGCUCAGGAGAAGUGUUCGACAAAGACCUUUCUAAACUGAAACGGAAUCGCAAGCGCAUUACCAACCAGCUGGCAGACAGCGGCCGAGAGAGACCAGUCACAAAACUUAAUUUCUAAUUUUCCUUGAGUACUUUUUUAGAAAGCUCAUUAGCAACCUAUUGAAGUGACUAGAACUUGUCAUUACACUGCCUUGCAAUCCAAACAGUGGCAAUUUCUUCUUUCAUCUGUGUGAGAAUGUGUGAAUGUGUGUGUAUGUAAAUGUAUGUGUAUAUAUAUUAAAAAAAUGUAUAUAGAAGUCUGAGUGUUGUCUGGAGACCUAUAUGUAUGGUUAAAAACAUCUGUGUUGAUGUAUGUGCUCAGAAACUCUUUGUGUAUGCAUUCAUAUUGAGUGUGGCUCAUUUUCUUCCCCUGAACACCACGACUGUUCAGAAGCACAAUGCUGUCUCCUGAAAGAGAUGACAGAGACAUUCCCUAGAGUAAAAAGAAAAACAAAAGCAAAAAAAAAAAAAAAGCUUGAGAAAUAUUUUAUAGUUUCCAAGCUUGGUAUACUUUGAAAUUAUUUUCAUUGGUGAAACUGGUGUUGAAAAAAAAUAGUUUUAAAAUGGUUUUUGAUAGUUGACAGUGUGACGCUGGUGCAUUGCAUCGGUAAUUGAUAGGACCAGCUUAGAAUUUCUGGCAUUGGUGUGGGAGUGCGGUCUGUAAAUGUUUCUUGAGAACAUCUUGCACACAAUCUGAAUUAUGUAGAAUGUCAGAAUUUUUCUUGUGUAUUUAAAACUUGGACAUCGAUUUUUUUUCCCCUAAUUUCAUCGAGUUCUCUGCCAAACGCUCUUGAUGAUUUCUAUACAUUGCUUUUGGAAAGAACACUAUUUAUCUAAAUGCAAUCCAUGCUCUUAUUAAAGAACAAGAUUGCCAGAAUGUGCUUCUUGUCCUAACAAUAUGGAUAUAUAAACUUCAAAAAUAAAAUUUCCCACCCAAGACCUAAAAGGAGGAAUUGUCUGAAGGGAUAAAAGUUAUUUAAAAAAAUUUUUUAU